UUCGAAGAUAACGCGCCAAAUGUGGCAGCCACGAUCAUUAUCCUGACUGCAAUCUCCCUCAUCGUGUAUCCGAUGCGAGUGUAUACACGAGUGAAGGGAAACGCUUGGGGAUGGGACGACUGGUCCAUGACCUUUGCCUUGAUACCAUAUGGAGCUCUCAGCGUCUUCUGCCUGGGAGGUUCGUUUCUGGGAAUAGGAGUGCAUAAAUGGAAACUUACAGCUGCUCAGAAUGAGACGGCAAUGAUGUGGUUCUUCUUCUUCGAAUGCUUCUUUUGCCUAGCGAUCAUUCCCAUCAAGCUCAGCAUCUCUUUCAUGCUGAUAAGAGUUGCCGGACCGAAGAGAAACUAUAUUUACGCGCUCUGGGCCAUGUCCUCCUUUUUCAUCAUCAUGAACCUGAUCAGCUUCUUCUACAUCAUCUUCCGCUGCAACCCAGUCAGCUAUGCCUGGGACACAACCCAGCCCGGCGGUAGCUGUCUACCAAGCACACAGUUGGCCGACAUUUAUUACGCCGAUACAGCCGUGAAUAUCAUCACAGACUGGUUCUGUGCACUGAUUCCCAUUCCCCUACUCUGGGACCUAAAGCUCAACACCAACUCCAAAAUCUCGGUCGGAUUCCUCCUGUCGCUUGGUGUGCUAGCCUCUCUAUCAGCAUGCAUCCGCCUCAAAUACACCGUAAAUCUCAACAGCAGUGACGAUUACCUCUUCAGCGUCGCGGACGUAUUAAUCUGGGGCUUUGCCGAAAACGGAGUAGGAUUCAUAGUCGGCUGCAUAUCAACCCUUCGACCCUUAUUCCGCAAAAUGUUCCAUUUAGGAGACAGC